UCAAACGGCGCUCAUCGUCGGACCGCGCUGAUGCAUGGGUCGCGAUUAGAGUCGACGGGUGCCGAGUAACGACCUCGAAAAAAUCCUGGAAACGGAGUCGUUGAGGCCCGGAUUUACUCGUGUUUAUUUUUUAUUUAUUUUUUUCUGGUCUGUUUUGAUUCUUACACUUUUUUUUUUUUCGUAUUUUUUGAUAACUUUAUCGGCGUCGAUCGUUACGCCGGACGAUCGAGAAUGAUCGAGAAACCGGCACCGAUAUGCAACCGUUCUGUGAUUACACGUAUAUAAUAAACGUGAAAAUUCAACGCUAAGCAAUAAUUUAUAAUCAACACAAGCAAUCAUUCAAGUGCAAAGGGGGGAAGAAAGAAGAUAACAAAAAAGUCGUAAAUGUGAGACUAAACGUAAGAGUGAAUCGUUGCGGUGAAACAAAUGGAUGAAUUUAGUGCAUGUCUAUUAAAUUAUUAAAGCCGUAAUUGUAUAAUAAUAAUAACAAUAAUAAUAAUAAUAGUAAUAAUAAUAACAACAACAAUAACAACAAGAAUAAUAAUAAUAAUCGUUAUAUUAUACAUUCGCCCAGAAGCUGGAGGCAAUAAUUUGAGUUUCAACAGAUAUUGUAAUUACGAGGAGGGAGGAUUGGGGUUUCGGAAAAGCAACCGCAUAGAUGACCUUGAGGAAAAUUACGUACGACGGUGGCGUGCCCGGAAAAAUUCGGUCACGGAUCGGUGGUUGUUUGACGUUGAUAAUGCGAAACGCGGGAUUCCGCUUCGCCCGCAAAAGGUUGGGUAGCGUCGACCUGUUCAAGAAGGUCCUCAGGUGAGGCGGGGCGAAAGGCCAUCGCGGCUGUCGAGGGUCGCCUUUCUUUCGUUCCUGCUCGUUCGGUUCCCGAUUCCCGGUCCCCUUGCCCAGCUUCGUUGUAAAUUUGGAAAAACGCAACGCGGCGAGAGAUCGGCGGUGCUUCCCCAGCCACUCGCGGUUGCCAUGGUUCGUCGCUCUUCGGUGCCAUCGCGGUUCAUCGGCCCUCCGGAUGCCGACCUCCCGGCUUCGGGAUGCUGCACGCCGUCCUCUUAGGCAGCGGCCCCGGUCGACCUGGACCAGCCGACUACUCCCGGCAAGGCACCUUUAUCCUUGAAAGAGCGUCGACCCGCCUCAAAAUGAACCGCGGCGAACAGGAAACCCUGUUCCGGCAGAGCAGGCAGCUCACCAGGAUCGUUCCAUCACGCGAGGACCUCGUCCUUAGCGUCACGAAGGCCCCGAUCAACCAGCAACAGCAUCAGGAACAGCAGCACCGACAGCUGCAACAAAAUUCACCCCACCUUGGAUUUCAUCCGCAACUGCAACAACACCAGCAGCAAUCCUCCGGUCAAUAUCAUCACGCCAAUUGCCAGGCGGCUCAGGAGAAUUAUAAAAAAUGCGCGACGGCAGGUCACGGAUUCGCCGGCGAAAAUCUUCCCCGAAGUAAGGAGCGCCAGCAGCAGCAACAGUCCUCGAGGUUGACGGAAAAGAGGUACAGCGCUGCCGCGGCUUACGCGGCCCUCCAGGGUAGCGAAGACGAGCUCGUCGCCGGCGGUGAAACGGAAGACGUCGCCCUUAAGACGCCGGGCAGCGAGACGGAGGACACGGACAACGGAGGCGGCGAGGAGGAGACGUCGAGGCGCUUCACCUUCCUGCGGAGGUUCCGCAGCCCCCGAUUCGGCGAGGCUCACCACAAGAGGGUGCCGACUCCGAUGAAGCGGAAACACAGGAGGAAGAAACUCGCCGACGACAUGAUCGACGACACCGUCGACGACGGAGUCGGCGAGGAGCCCGGCACCGAUCAGAGGGGCGUCCCCGACCCCUACUACCCCAUAUAUCUUCCCAUUGAUCAGGCCUUCAAGGCCAAGUACGUGUUUCAUCACAAGAAGGGGAAAACUUUUCAGGAACGGUUGUACGUCUUCCUCGAACAUCCCGGCGGAUGGAUUUGUUUUGUCUACCACUUCACAGUGUUCAUGGUCGUUUUAGUGUGCCUCAUCUUCAGCGUACUGUCAACGAUAGAACAGUACAUGACUUUCGCUAACGAAACAUUGUUCUGGAUGGAAAUAUGUCUGGUAGUAUUUUUCGGGGUCGAGUACAUCGUCAGGCUUUGGAGCGCGGGAUGCAGGUCCAAGUACAUGGGAUGCUGCGGCCGUUUCCGGUUCAUAAGGAAACCAAUUUGUAUAAUAGGUGAGUGCGAAUAUAAAACCUCUGAUACCGUUUUUUUUCCUUUUUCUUUUCUUUUCCCAGAUUUGAUAGUAGUCGUAGCAUCGAUGGUGGUGCUUUCGGUCGGAAGCAACGGUCAGGUCUUCGCCACGUCGGCCAUCAGAGGUAUUCGUUUCCUGCAAAUUCUACGGAUGCUUCACGUCGACCGACAGGGUGGAACGUGGCGUCUCCUCGGUUCCGUCGUCUUUAUACACCGACAGGAGUUGAUCACGACGCUCUACAUCGGGUUCCUAGGUCUCAUUUUCAGCAGCUACUUCGUGUACCUUGCCGAAAAAGACGUUGUCGGACCCGAUGGGAAAACAGACUUUUCUAGCUACGCUGACGCGCUUUGGUGGGGCGUGAUAACCGUCACGACGAUAGGAUACGGCGACACGGUUCCGCAGACAUGGAUGGGAAAGAUCGUCGCUUCGUGUUUCAGCGUAUUUGCGAUAUCCUUUUUCGCUCUACCCGCCGGAAUACUCGGCUCCGGAUUUGCCCUGAAGGUGCAGCAGAAGCAGAGGCAGAAACAUUUCAACCGUCAAAUACCGGCGGCAGCCAUGCUCAUUCAGUGCCUCUGGCGGUGCUACGCUGCUGACAAAGCCAUAAACAGCGUCGCGACUUGGAAUAUUUAUAUCAAGGAUCCUGCUCCGGCUGGGCAGCCGGCUACGCCCCUUGGAAAGUUGAUUUGUGUAAAGAAGAUGUCUCUUAUGAUCCAGGUGGCUAAAAAAGCAAGCGUCUUGAAACGGCGCAAGUCCCGGAACCGGAUGGAGGUCCAGCAGUCGGGCCAAACUCUACCACCGCCCCCCGUCACCGGCUCCUCAGCCACCGGGAACAACGACGUCCAGCGCCGCGACAGCGAGGGCGACGUCGUUUUUUACAUGGAGGAACCGAAGGCUGGAACGCCGAAUCGUGCGAGACGCGACAAUCGGGGCAGUCUUUUCACGUCGCAGACAAGCUCCGUGACGGAAGCAGCGAGCGAUGAAAUAGAUAUCGACAUCGAGGAGCCCCAACGCGUCACUACUAAUGGGGUUAAUUGCAGGUUGACGGAAGCCCAUCGUAACGCGAUACGGGCGAUACGGAAGAUAAAGUAUUUCGUUGCUCGGAGGAAGUUUCAGCAAGCGAGAAAACCGUACGACGUCCGUGACGUCAUCGAGCAGUACAGCCAGGGCCACUUGAACAUGAUGGUCCGGAUAAAGGAACUGCAGCGGCGGCUCGACCAGACGCUCGGUAAGCCGGGGAGUUACUUGGCGGGAAUCGACCGGGCGGGAAACGUGAAGCCGAUGACCAUCGGGGCCCGUCUCUACCGUGUGGAGCAGCAGCUGUCGGUGAUGGACAAAAAGAUGGACCAGCUGGUGUACGUGCUGAACGCAGUGGCGCACAAGCAGCAAAUCCCAUUGAGGAGCAUAGAGGACGACGUCUAACGGCGGGCCGCCUCGGCGUCGGGAUUCGCGGCGCCCGUACUCUCCGCGACGUCGUCCCUCUCGUCUUCGGCCGCGCUGAGCUUUAAAGCUCCCUCAACGCCGCCGGAAGCGCUCGUCUUGCCGAAGCUCACCAUCACCAACGUCACGCCGGAUAUGCUGAGCCAGGGCUUCUGACCGACCGACUCGUUGUUUCUGCAACCGCGCACCUCCGCCUGCUGCAACCUCUGAGAAAUAUCCGUUUCCUGGCUGCCUUUAUCCGGCGAGGAUUAUUUCAGGGGGACGAGGAAUCCGCCUGCCGGGAGAUAAAAAUCUCCCUGAUUUAUCAUACAAUUUAUUACUCUCGUAAUGAUCUUUUGCUUCUUUGCGAGCCUCGUUGGACCGACGGCGGCGGAAGUCGAGUUAAUUUUUUUUUUCAUUUUAUAUUCUUCGCAUUACCGUAUACCUGUUUGAACGUUUUAAUGUUACAGGUCUGACUGUAUUAUUUUUGGCUGUGUGCUGAUGCGUGUUUUUCCUUUUUUUUUUUUUUUUGUCGCAACUUUUCCGUCGCAAUCGAACGUUUCGAUAUGAACGAAUAAACGAGAACAAAAACGACAAUUACAGCAAGAAGGAAAAGAUGACGGAUAAAAAUAAAAAAAAAAAAAAGAAACGUUUCUUUCACGUUGUAAAUAAGGUUUUACGCACACGAACAAUAUGAUAUACAUACACAUAGGCAUAUAUAUAUAUGUGUGUAUGUAUGUAUAACAUACACCGUAGCGAUUUCAUCGCGUAAUAUAUUAGCAUACAUGAUAAUAUGUAUAUUGUAUAUAUAUAUAUAAUAUACCGAUGCACAGAUUGACUUGCUGUAUGAAGAAGAAGCAGGUGGUUAUCGUUUGUCAUCGCGGAGGUAAAAGUUAUAGAACAGCCUGUUUCAAGAAAAGAAAAAAAAAAAAAAAAACGGAGAGUACAGUUGAAACCGAGCUUGACGAGCUCGAUUUAAUGCAGCAGUAGACGUAAAACGAAUUAAAUGACCUAAAGAGUAAAUUAAUAAUAAAAUAAAUAAACCGACUACUUUAUUAUAAAAAUAAAGACAAAAAAAUUAUACAUAGGUAUAUAUAUAUAUAUAUAUACAUAUAUAUAUAUAUAUGAAGAAAUUCGUCUUAGUGACAGGCGAGGAGGCACCCUUCCAUUAUCUAAUAAUCACAUCACUGCGCGAGAAUUUAAUUCUAUUUUUUUUCCUGCGACGUACGUGCGUAAGUGAGUUUCUGUACCACUAUACGUAUAUGUGUAUAUAAUUAUUAUACAUAUUAUAUAUACAAACGGUCUAUAUUACAAUACUUGGAAACGAUACACUGGCCUGCAUAAAAUUCGUACACGUGUAGAUAGCAACGUACACAAUGAAAAACAAUUAAUUUAAGUAGUGUACAUUUCGAACAAACAGGUAGAUAAAUUUAAGCUGUGCAAAAGAAAAAAUUGAAGAUUCUUUAGAUGGUGUUGCACGCUGUUGCUUCGGUCUUUCGGAGAUAUUUUUCGUAAUAUUAAAUAUGAUAAUGAUAAUAACAGUAGUAACGAUAAUAAUGACACUGAUAAAGAUAAUAAUAAAUGUAACGGUAUGAUUAUUAAAUGAACGGGAAAGAGGAAGUAAGAAAACUUUAGUCGAGUAUAAAAUAAAAUAAGCUAAAAAUAAAUUCACUCGCGAAACCUCCGUUGGUUCUGCUGGUCGUGGAUCAAAAAUUCGUUCGCCGUAACGUUUCUGAUGGGAACAGGAAAUAAGUCGGAAGAUUUCUUUAUUAUUUUUCGCGAUACUUGUGAACUUGGGGAGAAAUGAGAGAAUGAAGUGGUCGUUACUUUUUAAUACCACGGUCGAGGACGGUAUUGUUCUUUGUAAUAAAAAUUUGAUACGUGAAAAAGGUGGAUGUGUUUUAAUCGGUUGAAACUCGAGGGUAUUUAAAAAAAAAAAAAGGAAGAUACAACGUUUAAAUAAUGAGUAUAAAUAAAAUCUCGUUGAUACGUCUUGUAAAUUUGUGAAUAAGGCAUAGCGAUUAAUCAAUUCGAUUAUUAAAUACGGAAACUACGUAAACAUUACGGAUAAAUAAAUGAUAUAGAUAAUAUUUCAUAACCUCGUUCUUUUUUUUUGAAUAUUUAAAUUCCAAAAUAGCGUGAUUAAAAUAAUUCUUCUUUAACACUGAAAAAUCAUCUGCAGUCGCGAUAAAAUUUAUAUGUAUAAGUAUCGUAAAAUCGCGAGGAAGCUGUUGAGGGUAUUUUUAGUCACACAGCUUAACGAUAGAAAAUUAUAGCCUGUAUAAAUACUGUUAGGGUCCAAAAAAUAUACCUGUAUUCAAACAAUUUUCAUUGUUAUAGAGCCUUACUAUUUCGUGGAUCGAAAGCUGGAGGUAGGUACUUUGGAAAAUUCCGAUUCGGCGCGGCGUUUGAUUCGACAGAGUUGCGGGCGGGGUGCCGGUAACGACGAAAAUAAUAAUUCAACGUCACGCGUGACGUGAGAUAAGAGGGAAAAAGAGGGAAAUGAUACAAUGCGUGGAUAACAUCUCGGUGAAAAUUCAUGCACCUCGACAAUUUGCAAAAAUUACUCUUCGUUCCAUUGGCUGCAGUGAAAAAUACGAUACACAGAGCGGUGGAAGUGAUAAAAUGUUUCGACGAGUUGUCUCCGCGUAGUAAUUAACGGGACGCGUGGCGAUGCAGGAUAAUAAUAAGAUUAAUAAGAAGAAGAAAAUUGAGUCGAUAGUUGAAUAGCCGACGACGUACGCGGUGUUAGGUAUUACCCGAGUGAAAGUGCGAACGUGUGCCAUUACCAAUUUGAAAAUUCAACCGUAACGAGGCUCGAAGAGACAGCGCGCGAUGCUGUAGGUGACUAGUUAGAGCACUCACCGCCUAUUUAUUACCGAUGUAUAAUAAAUAAAACCGCCUUUACGGAGACUAGCUGCACUGCUCUUGCGCUAAUCGCACUCUGAGGAGAAAUCAUAAUUGAACCGUAACCCGGUAUGCGCCUGAGUGCCGAACCAUUUCUCACAUACAGUGCACAAUAACGUGCUUUGCGACCAACCUUGUCGACCUAUUUUUAUUCAAUUUUUCAAUUUUUCAUUCGAAUUUUUCCGAAUUGUAUCACGCGCUCCAACAAUCGUCAAGUUACGACUAUACCGCGGAUCGAUCGUGAAAUGGAAAGAGAGAGGCGUCGUAAAUUAAUUUGGGUACGGAGAAAGAGGAGAGAAAAAAUGUCGGAUUGAUAGACGGGCGUGUCGAAUCAAACGCUGCGAGUACUCAAAUCGACUCCGGCAUGGCGUUACGCCGAAUACACGCAUGUAAUAAAUAUUAAUUACGGUGAUUUAGGGGGGCGUUCUAAAGCUUUGUACGCGCACGUCGACGUUGGAAGACGAACAGGAACAAUGAAAAAGAUGGAUAAAUUUCGGUGCUACGAGAAUCGCAUAAAUUGUUGGAAAUGUAUCGUCUGGCGACAAUGAUUGUGCGCCGCGUUUGAAACUUUGGAAACACGUCGAGCAUCACGACGAAUGAUUACAAGAAGUAUUUACGAAGGGCUGGAGUAGGUCGCUAAAUUCGCAAGAGAACAAUUUCAAGCUCGUAUCGAUCUGUUGUCAUUUUGCCAGUCUAGGCAUUCGAUGGACCUGCGGAUUAAUCCUCCGUUGUAAACAAAGUUCGAAGACGACAGUUUCAUUCUCAGUCGAUACUCCGACUGUGAUACGAGAAUCACGCGUCGAAGUUUUCUUACAGUCAACGCGAAACGAGGAGUGAAGGUUUUGACUAAGCAUUUUUUUCUUCUCUCAAAUACCGAGGCGAUUUUCUCCGAGGUUUAAUUGAAAAAUGUGCUGCGGACAAUCAGAUCAAUUAACAAUGAUACCGAUAAUUUGCAACGGGUAAAACGAAUUGGUGAAAUGUCGUGAAAUGUGAAGAAUGUCGAUUGAUCAUAUUUAUGCCUUGAAAUUGCGUUUUACGGGAAUAUUCGCGAUAAGAAUAACGGAGCAAUACGUAUUUUACGCGGAAUAAUUUAAGAACACUUGUAUGUAGGUAUGUCUAAUCUCGAAAUCAAUCGCGCGUCGUGUCGAGUCGUUUAAAAGCAAAAAGUUCGCGUGUCGUGCCGAAUUUCACAACUUCUCAACGAAUGGUGAGUCACUUUUUACAUUCCCUUUGUAAAAAUAUUUUACCUAGGAUAUUUACUGUUAAAUGCGCGUUAAAUACUUUGGUGCCUCUCACUCGUUCUCAAAUUAUCUUACUAUAUAUAUAUAUAUUAUUUAUAAAAUACGUGGAAUUCGCAGCUGGAUGAUGAAAGAAGGGGAAUAAAAAAAGGGCGGGAGGGGGGGGAGGGGGGGUCCGUGAAUUUCGUAAGUCGAUAUGAUCGACUCUGUACAUAAAUCCGUAUGUUUAAUUAAGAGUCUUUUCUCUAAUUAAAAAUGCUUGAUUAUUUUCAAGUUUGACGAAGAUAUUAUUGGAACGAAAUUCGAGAGAGGCUGUUUCGCAGAGCGUGUUGCCUCUCAAUUUUUGUCGUUAAUUCCUUUUAAGCCCACCGACGUUCGAAAGUUUGCUUCUUCCACCAAAUUGACACCCUAAUUGCGUCUUGCCAUCCGCAAUGCCAGCCUCGGAAUCACCAAUUAGGAAACCAGUGUCCACAUUUACUCCUACGCGUGCUCACUGCGUACAUACAUACACGACGUACAUUGUCCAUAGUUUUGUAGCCAAGGUCGGAAAGGGAAACGUUCGUAACGCGUGUAAUUUUUUUCCUCCAUUUAUUUUUUAUCUCCUUGUUUAUUCACUAAUUAACGGAGAAACGCUUUGUUGGAUAAUUUAUACACACAUACGGUACCUACAAAGUAUCCUAUACCGCGGUUAGAGUUAAAGUUGAGGUCGUAAAGUAAAAAAAUACUGCCACGUUGUGCGCGAUGUUGAAUUAUGUUGUUGACUUUAUUUAUGUUGAAACGAAGGUCAGAUAUAUAAUAUACGAUCGUCUCUGAUACAGAUAUCAAAGUUGUGGAACGACAUUCGACUGAAAUAUGUAUUGUUAGAUAAAUUACACCGCUCGCAAAAAUAUAAUAUUAAUCGCUUGUCAAAUUAUUAUUAUUAUUAUUAUUAUUAUUAUUAUUAUUAUUAUUAUUAUUAUUAUUAUUAUUAUUAUCAUCAUUAUACACAAUUGUUGAACACACCGCGGAACAUUAACAAAACGGUAUAAAUUAUAUUCGCCCGGAUUUAUAUUGUUCAAAAUUUACGGUUACGUAGCGAAUUGUUUCUACAAAUGUAUAUUAUAUAGGUAGGAAUAUUCUCUCUAUCUAGUCACGAUGACUGCGAUAUUAUAGUUAUUUGUCGUAUGCUUUAAUAUAUAAAUAAUGAUAAUACUCUCGACAAUGAUAAUAUCUUACUAUACUCAUGGAGCAAGUAGCGUUCGCGAAUCGGCCGAAUAUAUAUGUAUAUAUAUAUAUAUCUUAAUAUAUAUAUAUAUACACAUUAGAGUGAAAUGCGCGUCUAUUACAGGGUGGCUGAAAUAAAAAAUCCGUUUCAUUUUUCUUCGUCUCUCUCAUCACUCGCUUCGACGGUUCUUUCGGUGUGAAAUCGAAGUUUCCAAAAUCUAACAGUGAUCAGGUAUAUUUGAAAGUAAACGAGGUUGGUUCGCCGGAUUCAUUCAGGGGGACGAAGAAUGAUACGAAAUUUUUUUUUUACCCACUCCGUUCUAUAAGCGUGAAUAUAUUCAUAGUAAUAGCGAUAAAUCUUGAAACAUUACGGAUUAUUAUAUUUACGCGUCAUCUCGAUUAAGGUACAACUUUGUCGCAGUUAUAACAGUAAUAAUAAUAAAACGACAACAAAAACAACAACAACAACAGCAACAACAAUAAUAAUAAUACCGGUUAUAGUAAAAUUAAUAAUAAAAAGAAUAAUAACAAUAAUGAGCGUAAUAUAAGGAAAAGGAUAAAACGAGAAUAAGCUGACGAUUAAAUAUUGUACAAUGGAAAUAAUUGCAUGGGAAUAAAAUGAAAUUAGGUAAUGCAUUAAACUUAAAUCUGUAUAAAUAAAUAUAGUAAAUUACUGAACAAAAGCUCUGCUAUCCAGAGCCUAGAAUGUGAUAACACGUGACCUAUACUUAUAAAAUAUUUAUGCAGUAUAUAUGAUUGUACGAAUUCGUUGGUUAAUUGUUUAAUUAGCUCAUGACGAUCAACUAUAAUAUAUUGCGGUAAGGAAGUGAAGUUUUCAUCCGAAUCACGUGAUUGCCUCUCUCAUAAUUAGUGAAAAAAAAAAAUUAAAAAAAAAAAGAAACACGAUCUGCAGAAUUCCAGAGGUUUCCGAAAAA